ACACGACCACGGCUAGCUGGGUAAACAUGGCGUCCGGACGGGGGUCGCUUCGCGGCUCUGUGAAAAAUGCUGUAUUUUAAUUUGAAUGCGAUUCGUGCUUUUUAUAAAAUGUAUCCAGCAAUGGUUCAUGAAAAUCAAGACGGAUUAUCCCAUUGACGCCGCCGCUCCUCGGUUCCUCUAGACGGACGUAGCCUUCAGCCCACCGUGGAGAUCACUGCAGGCUGAUUGCUUUGAUUUAUGCCAGCUGACUGUAUUAACUGUAUUUCACCACCACCCCAUGAAUGUUGCCUUUUAACAUGUUAGCUUCGGCUGCUUGUUCUGCCUAUUGCUGCUGAACCUCUAUAGCCGAACAGGAUGUACAGAGCGGGAUCAUUCGACAGAACAGCGAAUGGACUCUGAUCUGACGGCUCCAGUCGUGCGGUACGUGCUGUGAGGUUCUGAUGCUUUGCUUCCCCUCUUCAUUAUGAUCGGCUCACCGGACGUGGUGGCUCUGACUAGAGAAGAUGAGAAUGGGGAAGCGAACGCCGACCCCCUGGCUCUGCCCGACGAGUUCUCCGUGCCUCUGUACCCCCACGCCAACUCCAACCCCUGGGCCAAGACCUCGUACGCUAAGUUCACCAAAGACUUCAUCCUCAUCUCGGAGUUCUCGGAGCAGGUCGGCCCGCAGCCUCUGCUCACCAUCCCCGACGACCCCACGGUUUGUGGCACCUUCGACCUCAACUACUUCUCCCUGCGGAUCAUGUCGGUAGAUUACCAGGCGUCGUUCGUGGGCCACCCGCCGGGGAGCGGCUACCCGCGACUCAGCUUCGUGGAGGACUCGCGGGUGGUGCUCGGGGACUCGAAGGAAGGGGCGUUCGCCUACGUCCACCACCUCACUCUGUACGACCUGGAGGCGCGGGGCUUCGUGCGGCCCUUCUGCAUGGCCUACGUGUCCGCGGACGAGCGGAAGAUCAUGAUGCAGUUCGAGGAGCUGAGCCAGCGCUUCUCGCAGGCGUCCGAGUGCCUGAAGACCGGCAACAGGAGAGCGUUCGCCAAGGAGCUGCAGAGGAAGCUGCAGGACCUGGAGUACACCCGCUUGGUGCUGCGGAAGGAGGAGGGGCUCCAGAGGGAGGCGGCCCCCCCCGGGAUCUACUCCUCCCAGGUGGUGGAGAAGGCCAACGAGCUGGCCAACGUGGAGAAGAGCAUCUACGAGCACCGGGACCUGCUGCGGCAGAUCAGCUCGUACCCGGGGCGUCCCCGCCGGGACCCCCAGGCCGCACCCUGCCCCCGCUGCCUCACCGAGGGGACGCGGGGCUACGAGGACCUGCUGGAGAAGUACGCCACGCUGGACCACGCCCUGCGGCCCGACGGCCCGGGGCCGCGGGGCGCAACGGGGAGGGGCCCCGGGGAGGGGGAGGGGGAGGAGGGCGUGGGGCGCCGGCCGUCCUACACCCCCCAGCUCAUCAAGGCCAAGUCCCCCAAGUGCUUCGACAAGCGCCUGAAGACGCUGUCGGAGCUGAGCGAGAGCCGCUUCCACGCGGCCACGCUGGACCUGCUGCGCGGCACGGAGCGCCUCUUCAGCGGAGACCUCUGCUACCAGUACAGCCGGCGGCUGGACCGGGCGCUGCGCAGGAAGCAGCAGGCCACCAACUUCCUGUUUGAGGAGGACCCGGGGGAGGACAUGGGGGGCGACGGGGAGACGGCGAGGCCGGCCUGCGCUCUGAGCCACGCCGGCGACGGGCCCUGGCCCCCGCGGCCCCCGCCCAUCGUGCUGUGUCCUCUGGCGCUGGAGCUGGACGCCCUGCGGCCGCCGGGACCCCUGGACCCAGCAGCGGGGGGGGGCCCCCUGCGGCCGGGGCGGAGCCGCCCGGAGUCGUCCCCCUCGGACCAGACCCCGGAGACCUCGGAGGACACCAAGUGCAGCUUCAGCAGCGAGCGCAGCGCCGAGGGCCCCGGGGGGCCCCCGGACCGGGACCGGAGCGCGGCCAGCGCCCGGUCCGACCCCGCCGACCCCGACCUGCUCUUUGACCCCGACCUGACCCCUGAGAGGCAGAGCACCAGCGAGGGCACGGAGACCACGGGCGGGGAGGACGAGGCGGAGAACGGGGGCGACCGGACCCCCGCGUCCCCGCAGGGGGCCCCCGCCCUGCGGACGGACCUGGAGGCGGCGCUGGGGCAGAUGGACGCGGCGUGCUGCAUGGCCCAGGACGCCUUCCUGUACGAGGGCUCCCUCGGGGACGCCGCGUCGGACGCCGGGCUGGACGGGCCCGGCCCACCGACGCCGCCAGCCGGCGUGGUCAGCCGGGAGCCCCUGGCCUCGCCCGCGCUGCAGGGGGCCUACGCCGUGGGCCCCCCCCAGGCAGAGCCCCCCGCCGUGGGGGCGGGGGGCGGGGCCGCGGACGACGGCUCGGACCGCACGGUCAGCGCCUCGGCGGGGUCGGACCGGGCGGGGUCGCCGCCGUGCUACGGGGGGGGCGUGACCCUGCGGCAGAGGAAGAGGGCGGGGCAGGGCGCGCUGCGCUUCGUGCGGCAGUACCCCUUCGCGCUGCAGGCGCUGUGGUGCCUGCUGAGCGGCCGCACCCUGGUGGUGCUGGGCUCCGACGAGGCCCGCGUGCGGCGGAUGGUGUCCGCCCUGGCCCUGUUCGUGCCGGGCCCCGGGCCCCGCGGGGAGAGGGUCCAGGCCUGGCUGUCCUGCACCCCCAGCCUCGCCGACCUGCACCGCUGGAAGCUCAUCGGGCUGCAGAGGUAAGACCCACGCCGCCCCCUGGGGGCCGAAUGGGGAACGGGGAUCA